AUGCUUUACAACAAUCCUUUUGAUGGCAUUGGCUUUCAGAUGCAGAUUUGCUGUUUGAUCAUCUCCCCGGCCUUUGUAUCUGCGGGCAUAUAUCUCACACUAAAGCAUGCCGUCAUCACCUGUGGGGAGAGCUGGUCUCGUCUUAAGCCUGCUUGGUACACGUACAUCUUCAUCGCCGGCGAUGUCGUUUCACUGCUGCUCCAGGGAGCUGGAGGUGGCAUUGCUGCGACUGCAGACAGUGGCUCUGAACUCCAGGACAUUGCCGGUGUUGUUUUUCAAGUCGUCAUUCUUGCGUUCUUCGGCUUUUUUUGCACCGAAUAUGCAAUCCGCACGUACCGCCGUCGCACUCAAGUUACAUCCGAAGCCAGCGCGUUGCUUCACAACACCUUGUUCCGCUGCUUCGUCUUCGCAAUCACCGUUGCCUACCUGAGCAUCUUCAUUCGCUGCGUUUACCGUAUCCCCGAGUUGACGGGUGGCUGGAGAAGUGAGCUCAUGCGCAACGAGACAGACUUCAUCAUCCUGGAGGGAGUCAUGAUUGUCAUGGCCGUGCUAGUCCUCACCGUAUUUCACCCAGGCUUCUGCUUCCCGGCGCUCGGGAACACAAUUGGCAAGUCGAGUGAUGCACAUCGGGUGAAGAGCAUAGACGAAAGUUCAGAGGUAGAGAUGAUGUCUAAUCAGGCGUGA